AUGUCGUCAUUAAGAAUGCCAUUAAAAUAUAUAGAUAAUGCAAAAAAGAUCCUUUGUAUUGGACGUAAUUAUGCAGCUCACAUUAAAGAAUUAAAUUCAGCACAACCACAACAACCAUUUUUCUUUUUAAAACCAACUUCAUCAAUUUUAAAACCAAAUAAUGGACCAUUCUUAAUUCCAAAAGGAGUAUUAGUACAUCAUGAGGUUGAAUUAGCAUUUAUUUUAAAUAAAGAACUAAAAAAUUUAUCUGAAUCAUUUUCACCACAAGAAGCUAUUGAUGCUAUAGAAGGAUAUGCGUUAACUAUUGAUAUGACAGCAAGAAAUGUUCAAAAUGAAGCUAAAAAAAAGGGUUUACCUUGGUCAAUUGGUAAAGGGUUUGAUACUUUUUUACCAGUUUCUGAAUUUAUUCCUAAAUCAGCAAUACCAGAUCCAUAUAAUGUCGAUUUACAAUUAAAAAUAAAUAAUGAAAUAGAACAAGAUGAUAAUACAAAUUUAAUGAUUUUCCCAAUUCAUAAAAUCUUAAGUUCUAUGUCAAAUAUAAUGACUUUGGAAAAAGGUGAUGUUAUUUUGACGGGAACUCCAAAAGGUGUUGGGCCAAUUGUUGAAGGGGAUGAUAUUGAAGCUACUUUAUCUGUUGAUGGUAAAGAAAUUGCAAGAAUUGAAUGUAAAGCUGAGUUAAAACCAGGCUUUUAUGAAUAUAAAGAAACUUAA